GUUUCUCUGAUAUGCAGGAUAAUGCCUCAGGUGCAUUUUAGUAGUUUUUCGUAAGCGAGGGGGCAUUUUAACAAGCAAAAGUUCAUAUGCGGGCAAUAAAUUGGCCUCUUCAUGCUCUUUAAUACAGAAACUCCUUAAUUGUACAAGCAAAGGGAUUAAAGACACAUAGGUAUAGAAAGUUGUCUCUCUUUUCUCUCUUCCUGGCCUGGAGUUUUAUGAAUUAUAAAGAAGAUGUUAUGCUAGGUUUCAGAAACUUUAGUUUCCAUUUGUCAUUUCUUUGUGUCUUCUAGUCCCUUAUUUGAACCCUCAUCUUUAUAUAUUAGGAAUUAGCUUUUUAUUUGCUUUCCAUUAUUUUUAGCAUAAAUUUUCUAUGCCUUUUUAUGGUUUUGGGAGUUUAAUUAUUUAUUUAUUAAUUUGCAUGGAACAAGAAAAAAAAAAAACUAGGAAAUCAGGCCUGUGAAAAGAUUAUUGUCCUCUUUUAUUUCGUCUUUCCCCAAAAGUAGAAGAUUGGCAAGAUUAAACCUGUUAGAAAAUUAUGGGUCGUGGCAAGAUACCAAUCAAGAGGAUUGAAAACCAGACCACAAGGCAAGUGACUUUCUCCAAGCGCAGGGCAGGACUUCUGAAGAAGACUCAUGAACUUUCAGUGCUUUGUGAUGCCCAGAUCGGCCUCAUCAUCUUCUCCAGCACUGGAAAGAUGUGCCAGUACUGCACUGAGCCUUUGAGGAUGGAGCAAGUCAUAGAAAGGUACCAGAAGAUUACAGGGACCUGCAUUCCUGAGCAUGAUAGCAGGGAACAACUGUUCAGUGAGCUCGCAAUGCUCAGAAAAGAAACUCGGCGCCUUCAACUAAACAUGCGGCGCUACACUGGUGAAGACAUGAGCUCCAUUCCAUUUGAGGAACUGAGUGAACUUGAACAAGAACUAGAACGAUCAGUUGCCAAGGUCCGGGAUCGCAAGAAUGAGCUCUUGCAACAGCAGCUGGAUAAUCUUCGCAGAAAGGAGCGAAUGUUGGAGGAGGAAAAUGGCAAUAUGUACCGUUGGGAGCACCGCGUAGCAUUAGAGUAUCAGCAGGCAACAUUAGAAGCAAAGCCAAUGGAGCAUCAACAAGUUCUUGAUCAAUUCCCCUUUUGUGGAGAACCUAGUAGUGUCCUUCAGCUUGCAACCAUCCCUUCUCAGAUUCAUCAGUCUUAUCAUCUCCAGCUUGCUCAGCCUAGCCUUCAAGGUUCCAAUGUUUAAUUAGCAUUUCAAGUAAGAAUUAUCACGUCAUCAGAGAAGGGUUUCUCGCAUCUAAGAUCGAUUUAGUGCAAUAUACUGUUUUUAUUGUUUUUAAGGGACUUAUAUAUGUAUAUGAUUUCAGACUGCAUUUUAGAUAUGCUUUUAUGUUAUUGUGUUAUGGUUUCAAGUUAUAAACAAUAGAGUUUGUCUCAGUUACAA